GCUUCACCCUCUUAAAAUAUCACUCACAAACUUCCAUGAAAUCCAAUUUUAUUCUCCCUACCUCUCCUAAAUAAACUCCUGUCUUCUUCUAUAUAAAUACCACUCUGGGCCUUUUCCAAUACAAUCUCUCAACCAUACGCUCACAUGCCUUAACUUUCGCUACUUAAGGACUCGUAGAAGAAGAAUACAAGAAUUUUACACCAAAAAAUUCAUAGCUUCUUCUCCUUUGCCUUAAACCAUAAUGAUGAUCAUUUUGAUGCUACUGUUGCAGUUUUUGAUGGGUGUUUAUGGGGAAAACUUCAUUCAAGAUUUAAAAAUAACAUGGGGAAAUGAUAGAGGAAAGAUUCUUAACGAUGGACAGCUUCUGACCCUUACUCUUGAUAAUUAUUCAGGUUCUGGCUUCGAGUCUAGUAAGGAAUAUCACUUUGGUAAGAUUGAUAUGCAGAUUAAGCUCGUACCUGGGAACUCUGCUGGAACUGUCACAGCUUAUUAUCUAUCAUCGAAGGGUGAUACCCAUGAUGAGAUAGAUUAUGAAUUUCUUGGGAACUUGACUGGUCAACCUUACACCGUGCACACCAAUGUAUAUGCUGAAGGGAAAGGGGAAAGAGAGCAACAAUUUCACCUCUGGUUUGAUCCAACUGUUGAGUUCCAUACUUACUCCAUCCUCUGGAAUCCACAAACAAUCAUAUUUUCCAUAGAUGAGAUACCCAUAAGGGAAUUCAAGAAUAGGGAGUCGAUAGGCAUCCCAUUCCCAAAGACCCAUGCAAUGAGACUCUACUCUAGCAUAUGGAAUGCUGAUCAAUGGGCGACUCAAGGAGGCCGGAUCAAAACCGAUUGGAGUCAAGCUCCAUUUCGUGCAUCCUACCGGAACUUUAAGGCGGAUGCUUGCGUUAGAGACGCCGGACGAACAUCGUGCAGUCCUCGAACACUUACUUGGAUGACAAAGAAGCUUGAUGAUUUGAACGUCAAUAGGCUUAAAUGGGUAAGGGAGAAUUUCAUGAUUUAUAACUAUUGCACCGAUACUAAGAGGUUCCCACAAGGUCUCCCAAAGGAAUGCCGCGUCCGCGAGUGAAAACUAAAAUUAAGAGUAUUUCCAGUGUUCAGCUUGUAUAAAAGGGGUUAAAUAUGUAUUUCAUCUUUCGUUCACUCCACUACCUUAGGUAAUUAUGUUGUUAGGUAAUAAGUAUAUGGUAGUUUUGGUUCACUGUUAUUGCGAAAGUACUACCCUCUAUCGAUGUCACGCAUUGCAGUAUCGCUAUGUUAUGUAUAUGUACCGUUGAUAUGGUAAGUGACAUGUAAUAAUGUAUACCAUUGUUAGCUUUUGCAAAAAAAAAAAGAAAAAGAUUGCCCACUUACAAUUA